CUUACAUUUCCUUAGUCCUCCUUACCUUACCCAUUACUACCAUCCUUAGAGUUUCAAACAAAUAAACAAACUUUUAUAAACAUUUUUGUUUUCUUGUGAAUUGUUCUAAAUAUGUCACAAAGAAAUGAUCCUUCAAUAAAGCUUUUUGGGAAGAUGAUUCAAUUGGGUUCAAAUAGUGUUCAACACCCUUCUGUACUUGUGUCUGAUUGUGAUAGUACUACCUCUGAUCAGAACCUUCUGUGCUCAAAACAGGGCAAAAACAGGGCAAAUCAGGAAGCUAGUACAGAUGAUAUGAACACCAAUCAACAAGGGCAACAAUCUUCAGGCUCAGAGUUAGAAGAAUCUAAAACCCCAAAUAGCCCUUCAACCAAUUCUGAAAACCCUGAAAUUAUUACCAAAAACCUUUCUAAUAAAGAUGAAGAUCAUAGUGAUCAAGCAAGUAGUAAUUCUGAGUCACAAGAUCAAACCACACUCAAAAAACCUGAUAAAAUCAUACCUUGUGCUAGGUGUAGUAGCAUGGAAACAAAAUUCUGUUACUUUAACAACUACAAUGUUAAUCAACCCCGCUAUUUCUGCAAAAACUGUCAAAGGUACUGGACUGCUGGCGGUUCUAUGAGGAACGUUCCUGUCGGAGCUGGUAGACGGAAAAGCAAGAAUUCCGCGAACUCCCAACACUGUCACUUUGUUAUACCAGGAGCUUCUGAUGGACUAGUCCACCACAUGAUUAAGCACAAUGGAACAUUUGUUGCGUUUGGGAUGGAUUCAUCUCUUGCGAGUCGAUCAAAAGUCUCGAUGUUAGAUGGGUCACAACAUACUCUCACAAACGGGUUUUACAAGUCGGAGAAUGAAAGGGAAUGUGACAUUACCUUGUCGAGUUCUAAUUUGAUUUCCAUAGAAAAACGACAACUUUGUAAUGAUAGCCGAAACCCAAUUGCAUGGCAAUCAGGGUAUCCUAUAUGGGGUGAACACUUAGCAAGACCGAAUUGGAACUUGAAUUGGGUACCGAUUCAAUCAAUGCACUCUGAUCGAUCUUCAACAAACUCAAGUCCUAGCUCGAGUUCCCUAGGAAAACAUUCUAGGGAGGGUCUAAAGUUGAUGCCGUUUUCUAAAGAGAAGGAAUCGGAGAUUUCAAGGGUCGUAAUUCCAAAGACAUUGAGGUUUGAUGAUCCUUCCGAGGUUGCUGAAAGUUCGAUAUGGACUACACUCGGAAGCAAGAACAAUCAUAUUGGUUCAUCUAAUGGUAAAGUAGCAUUGUUUGGAGGGUCACAACAAGCUAAACAAGUUAACUAUGAGAGGAGAACAAUCAAUCAAAGCAUUGAACCAUCAUCAAUGGUUUUUCAAGCCAAUCCCGUUUCAUUCUCAAUGUCCUUGGCAUUUAAUGAAGUUGCACGGUAAAUAUAGAGUUAAACUGAGAAAUAUACCAAGUCAUGGUCAUGGUCAUCAGCCCAACAUCCUGCACAAAGACAGCAUCCACCACAAUAUUGUAACAAUUAAUCAAAAAGAGGAAUGUACUAAGGAUGAAUUGUUAUUUGUAACUUAGCAAUUUUAGGGAGUUUGUGGAUACAUGUAUAUAAGCUAUAACUAUAUAUAGGUAUGCCAGAAAAUGUAGUACAAAUAAGCAGAGGCAAGGAACAUAGCUUAAACUAAGGCUGUUUUGGCUCCUCAUUAGCUAAGAGUAGUCCCCUUCCCCGGCCCUUAUGAUUUUUUCCUCUCAUAUUUCUUUUGUACACUAGAGUUUAUAAUUUAUAUAUAUCUAUAUGACUAUAUCUGCAAGAAUUUAUAAUUCAGCUUGUUUUGUAUAAGAUCGUCUCACCAUGAAACAAGUCCAUAUAAUUAGCUAAUUUCUAUAAUUAAUCACUUUAAGAUUGUAAGUGAUCA